CAAGCUGGAAGAGAGAAGAAGACCACCAUAUGGAAUUUCUGAAUCGCUCACCUCCUAUAUAACCCUAACGCCCUUCGCUAAAAUAGUCCGCGCGUGGACGGAAUGGAUGGAACUGCAGCGGCGGACGUCAGCUCCGGCUGGAGGCGGAGGAAGGGGGUACGGUCUUCGUCGCAAAACCGGUUGAUGAUAUGUUUCCGGCCGUCCAGUGGUCGUAGAGACGAUACCGCGGCGGAUGGAGGAAGCGGAGCGCGGAGGAUUCCGACGCAUCUCGUGGUCACGAUCAAUGGUAUUAUUGGGAGUGCUGAUAAUUGGAGAUUCGCGGCAAAGCAAUUUGUGAAAAGAUAUCCUGAAGAUUUUGUUGUGCAUUGCAGUGAAUGCAAUUACGCAACAUUGACUUUUGAUGGUGUUGAUGUAAUGGGGGAGAGAUUAGCGAAGGAGGUAAGUUUAUUUGUAAAACGGAGGCCAGCUCUUCAAAAGAUAUCCUUUGUAGGGCAUUCCCUUGGUGGGUUGGUAGCAAGAUAUGCUAUUGCUAGAUUAUAUGAAAGAGGUGACAUUAAGGAUUGCUCUACUGAGAAUGGGAGUUGUAAGUUUCAGCAAUCUGAUGAACCUUCUGAACAAAAUCUCGGAGGAAAGAUUUCUGGGCUGGAGCCUGUAAAUUUCAUCACAUUUGCUACACCUCACCUUGGCUCUAGAUUCCACAAACAGAUUCCCAUGCUUCUUGGUUCCUAUGCAUUGGAAAAGUUGGUGUUUCGCAUUUCCGGUAUUGCAGGGAGAUCAGGGAAACAUCUCUUCCUCAAAGAUCAUGACGAGGGAAAGCCCCCUCUUCUUCUCAGGAUGAUCACAGACUCUGGAGAUCUAAAAUUCAUUUCUGCGUUGCGAUCAUUCCAUCGACGAGUUGCUUACUCAAAUGCUCGCUAUGACUUUAUUGUGGGAUGGAAGACGUCGUCAAUCCGCCGUCAGCAUGAGCUUCCAAAGCCCAACAAUUUUACAAAGGAUUCAAAAUAUCCUCAUGUUGUUUUUGUGGAAAAGCCAAAGAAUACUGAUGUGAAACAAGAUGGUUUUAUAGAGUCAAUGAUUUAUGAUCCAAAAUCUGCCGACGAAAUGGAAG